AUGUUCGAAAAAGAAAUCGUAAUCGAUGGCAAAGGACACUUGCUCGGUCGUUUAGCCUCAUACAUCGCCAAAGAGUUGUAAAGAGGUUAAAGAAUCGUCGUCGUCAGAACUGAGUUGAUUUAGCAAUCUGGUUCUCUCUUCAGAAACAGAGUCAUCUUCGAAGAAUACCUCAAUAAGAGAAUGGCAUUCAAUCCAAGAAGAGGAUACAAACAUUACAGAACACCUUCCAGAUGUUUUUGGAAAGUUGUCAGAGGCAUGCUUCAAUACAAAUCCAAAAGAGGAGCAGCUGCUUUGGAAAGAUUGAAGAUCUUUGAAGGAGUCCCACCUCCCUAUGAUACCAGAAAGAGACAAGUCAUUCCAGAUGCCAUCAAAUUGAUCAGACUCAAGAAUCACAGACCUUUUUGCACUUUGGGUGACUUAUGCGCAUCAGUUGGAUGGAAUUCAUAAUCUGUUGUUAACAGACUUGAAGAGAAAAGAAAGCAAAGAGGUGCUGCCUACUAUAAGAGAAAGGUUGCCAGAGAAAAUCUCAGAAGAAAAGCCAUCGGAGCUAAGGAACUUACUUCAAUCAAUUAGGAAUUGGAGAAAUUGGGCUAUUGAUAACACAUAUUAUAAAAACAUGUACAUUUAAUUUAGUAAAUUCAAAAUUUAGACAAUAUU